CAGAGGCGCACACUGCAGCGGACCCUGACUUCAGGACCGGAACCACGGAUUCAGAUCAACUGGACUCAAGCACAACAGCAGCCGCGUGCCAGGCAACAAAGAAUCUGAAAGCUUCUGGAAGAGAUAUCCGCGCCCCCGAACCUCCACCAUGUUGAUGCGUUCUCACUCUGAGAGAAGAGCCCUCCUGGGGUUCUCUGCCUUGCUGACGCAGAGCACUCCAAAAAAACAAGACCAUGCAUCUCCAUUGCUCUCAUCUUUCACCUCACGUGAAUCCAUUUUCUCACCCGAGCCUCUGACUGCCCCUCCACCGUGGGUGACUCAGGCACUUACCAACCUGGAGCAGGGCGAGAAAGAAUUGCAGAGUCUGAGGGAGCGGCAGCAAGCUGAAGUGGAGGAGGUGAACCGUGAGUUGGACAAUGCAGUGAUCGGGGCUCAGAGAGAGGAGCGCCGGCUUCUGGAGAAGGUGGAUAAAGACCACAGAGAAGCCCAACGGCAGAUGAGUCAGCUGAAAAGGGAGAAUUCAGCUGCGGUUCGUGUGGUACAGUCACUGGUUGAUCAGCAGCUUCGAAAGAUUGGGCAACUCAAGGAGCAGAUACUUAGAUGGGGAGCAUCUGCAGCAGGCGCAAACAAAUAUCAGCUCCAGAGAGGAGUGGCGGAGGUCACCCAACCCUGGGAGAUAUCUCUGACAAUGAAGAGGGUGCGCUUCUUACCAAGCCCACAGUCUAACACCUUCUGCUUGGGAGAGGUGGAGGUCCAGGAGCAAGGCAUGACCUAUCCCAUCGGAGUCUGCGGUGUCCAAGGUCAGAAGUGUGCUCUACACUCUGGAGAUAAAGCCUUUCUAAACCGGACACCCCUUGAAAUAAGGAAGGAUCCGGCCCCAAACAAAACCUCACCGCGCCACAGUCCGGACGAGGGAAUGAGAGCAGUCAGUGGAAACACGCGCGUCAUAAGAAAACUGCGUCUGUCCAGCCCCACGCAGAACGAGGAGGAUGCUAAAGUGCCCAUUUCUCCCACAGCAAGACAGCGGCGUGUAUCCGAAUCCUCCCAAGACGAAGAAGUUGAGUCUGAGUGCUCAGACACAAUUGGGCAAGACAUGUUUCUGGCAAUGCCACCGGUGUCCAGCCAAGGCGAAUCUGAGGGUGAUGAGUCAGAUGGUAAACAAUGUGUGGCCAAGAAAAGGUUGAUUCUAAAAGGGAAGAAAAAUUCACAAGAGCUGGCAAGUGAAAAACAAUGCAAGGAUGAAGCCAAAAAUAGGCGUAAAGGAUCCUUUACCAGAGGGAGCCUGGUGGACCUCUCUCCGAACAGACAGCUAUCCUUGUCCAAGAAGAAGUGUGGUUCAUCAGAGGACAGUGGAAGUCCUCCGUCACCUGUAGACAGUGAGGACUCCUGCUACACCGACAGAGUCACAUCUCCAGCGCAAAUGAACUCCACUGCUGACCUCCCAACUAAGAUGCAGCCUGUGACACAAAGUGACGGGCCUGAAUGCAAAGUUGAGAGGAAGAUUAGCAGGAUGCAAAUUGCGAUGGAACCUUCCAUGCCUGAUCAAUGGCAAAGAAGCCCGGUUGAGCAGUCCAGAACCCAGACUCCAGUUGUAAUGGAUUUGGGUUCACAUCGAGUCAGCAGAUCGAUGUCCAUGUCAGCCAUCGAAGGUGACAAAAUACAUCCCAUCAAGGGUUCAGAGCAAGACCAGGACAGGAAAGUGGAUGCAGAAUCAAAAGGGCACAGUGAGGAGGGUGGUUCCGGUGCACUCGAUUCAGCAAGUCUGGUUAAGCAAAUUGGAAAACAAGGAACUGGCCGAACUGACUUCAACCUCCCAAGUGGUGUCCAUGCAACCAUCAAAGGCCAGUUGUUUGUGGUGGACUGUGGAAACGCACGUGUUCAGGUGACCGACCUCCAGAAGAAUGUCGUCCAACAGGUUUCGCCCUCGGGAUCUGAAAGGUCUUCACGCAUCUGCAAUUACUUUGAUGUGGCCGUAAACUCAAAAGGUCUGAUCGCUCUGACCUGUGCAGCCGAACGAGCUUUGCUGGUGUUCAGCCGACAUGGACGUCUCCUGCAAACCUUCGGGGGCACAGCAAUCGGUUGCACCAACGAAGAGCUUGAUGCCCCAAGAGGGGUGACAGUGACACGUGAAGAUGAAUUCCUGGUGGCAGAUAUCAAGCGUGGGACCUUGACAUCCCUGAAGCUUGAUCACAAAACAGGAGCCCGGGUGGAGCGCACAGUGGUCUCAGGUUACCACAGACCGUAUCUGGUGGCAGCCUGUCUCAACACUGGGUUAAUGGCUGUGUCAGAACGCGGGAACGAAACUGGACGUGUCCCAUGCAUACGUGUCCUAGAACCUGGGUGGACCACCAUCAGAAUCCUUGGCGUCUGCUCAGGUCUGGGACCAGUCCUCUCGUGUCCUUGGGGCCUUUGCAUUGACAGUGAUGGAGAUGUUCUUGUGGCAGAUUGGGGCAAGCAGCACCACCGCAUUUUAAUCUACCCUGCAACAGGUGUUGGCUGGCCCAUAGUGAAUGAUAAUCUCAGCAGUCCAAGGGGUCUGGCUUUACUUCCUGAGGGUCACAUGGCUGUGUCUGACAGCAUGAAUCAUUCAAUCAAAAUCUACCGCUACAAGUGAAGUCAGAGCCCAAGAUAUUCAAAUGAAGGCAUCACUUUAUCAAGAUUUUCUGGGCUAAAGAUGCGGCCACAGUUGUAGACAUCAUACCAGUUACGAACAAGGUUUUCAAAGUGAGAUGAAGUAGUUGAUUUCAAGUUUAAGAAUGAAACAUACAUAAGCUGAGGGUAAUGGCUGACUGGAGGAACAAAUGGUGUUGAACUAACUUGCUGACUCAUUUGAAUGUGUUCACCGAAAAAAAAAACCUUUGUGAAUUGAUAGGUUUGUAAAAUAAUCACUCUAAAAUGAUCACAGUAGCUGUAGGUUAAGUCGGCAAUAUUUUAAUCCAAAUAUAAACAUUUUUAGCUCAGGAAAUUAGCGAAUAUAGGAAUUAGGAAUUAGAGAAUCUUUUUUUGCUGUGUUUUAAAUUGUAAGUUGGUGGUCAGUUGGUUAGUGGUCGGUGAGGCCGUUGAAUACAUCGAAAGUGGUAGACUAUACAUAUAUAUGUGUAUAUAUAUAUAGAGAGAGAGAAUUUCCAUCAUUGUUAUAUCUUCUUCGUAUCUUGGAACUAGAUAUCGGAUAGUAACAGCAACACUGCCCCCCAUGGUUUCUGGUGGUACUGCUCUGUUUGGUCCGUAUCCAUAAGCUUUGCAGAUACCUGCAGAAACACGGAGGCAAUGCAGGCAGAGCACAGACACAAUAAAUGGGCCUUCACCCGGAUGAGCAAACCCCUCCUAUUGAACACUUCACUCUAUUGAAAUACUUCAGUGUCAACAUGCACGGGAAGGCUGACUCCUUCCAAAAGUCCACUGGACCACAAAUGGUCAAUAAGUGACGUAUGAUGCAUUGUGACACCUCAACACAUUGACAAAUCACGGAAAAAGUUCAUGCAACAAAACCAGAAGACCACCAAAAUGAAACCAGAAGUUCAAAAGUGUAAAUGAAAACCUUAUUUUUGUUAACUAACAUACGGACAGGCAGAUACUGAACACAGAAAUAAUGUGGGGAUAUAUCACUCUGGUUUUGGUCAAUAUGACAUAACACCCCAAAACAAUUAAAUGUCAAUUUCCCGUCAUUUUUGGCUCUAAAAAUCAGCUUUGAGUGAUAGAAUGAAGAGAUGUUAUUGAGCUUCUUCCGAUGUCUAAAAUCACACACAGACCAAUGUGUUUCGCCCGGCAUGGUCCCUGGACAAAUGUAUUCUUGCCAGCAAAUUAGUUUCCAUUGAACCUAUAGUUUAUU